CAGUAGAUCGGGGAAGAGGAGCCAUGGAGCAUCGUCCGCUGGACCGGGUGGGCCUGCUGUCCCCGCUGGAGGAGUCCAGUGCGGAGAUCAGCCGGGACAGCGGCAUCGUGUCGCAGAGCGCCAGCAGCCUGUCCAUGGUCAGCGAGAUCCUGAGCAGCGGCUCCGUGUCGCAGAGCCCCAGCUUCGGCGCCGCGGCCAACGUCGUCCCGGAGAGCCCGAGCCUCCACGAAGCUGCGGAGCCCGGGGCGACCCGUCGGCACGACCCGGAGCAGGACGACGAGGAGCUGGGACACACCGCCCUCAGCUACUCCUCCUACAUCAGGGCCUCCGCUGGAGAGGAGAUCCUGUGUUUAGAGAAGAGUUUGGAAGAAAUGCUGACAAGAGUAGAUGAGUUUGUUGGAAUGCUGGAUAUGAUCCGUAACGAUACCUCCCAGAUAGUGAAUGAAAACCUACCUCAAAUCCAGCAGAAGUCGGAUGAAAUGAGACAAAUAUACGGAAGAAUUGAUAAGUUAGAGGCCUUUGUAAAGAUGGUGGGAGCCAACGUCAACGCCAUGGAGGAGCAGGUCACGCAGGCAGAGGGAGAAGUAGGAACACUACCGGGCGCUUUCAAGAAGAUCUUCCGCACAAUGAGUGUCCCAGGCUUCCUAAAUAAACCGGCCAGCCCGAGAAGACCAGCACCAAAUCAGCGUCAAGAAAUCCCCAGCGUGUUCCGGACAGAUGAUUAUUUCACAUCACAGCCAGAACAGUGACACGUCGGAACGUUCAACACAUAACUUGGUUCUAACCUCAAGAGGCCUGUUUUGGGUGGAAAAACUGUAGAGACAACUUUCACUGCCAUCCAUCGCAAGUGGAUCUGUCAGUGCGGCGGCCUCACCCCAGCAAUAGCAGCAUUUCUGAACAAGUCACUGGAAGUCAAGUGUGUGGAGACACUGCAGAUUUUGAGUGCCGUUCUCCUGGCAGCAACAAACACUAAACUGUAGCAAACUGGUUUUUAUAAAGUGCCUAUAAGGGUCUUAUUUCUGUCCAGUCCUGUUUUCAGUAAUUGUGAAGACAUUGUCCGUUGUUAAAUGUGACAAGUCAGGAGGUCAGAGUCGUCCCACUAUAAACAGAGGUACUAAAGGAGGCGCUGUAAAGAUCUUAGGACGUAUUACACGAAGGAUUAGCCCAGCUCUUUUAUAUUUUACAUUCCUCUUACUAGUAUUUGUAAAAGCCUGCACGCUGUUAUGAAUUAAUCUGUUUUUCAUGCAUCUUAUUGCUCUCCCUGAGCAAUAUCGAUCUCAACCAGUUAAGCAUUUAAUGUCUUCCAUUUCAGAAGAUUUCACUUUAUUGUUAGCCUGACGUCAUUGGCCUUGGAUGAUCCCGUCGAUUGUGGGGCUACAUCUUUGAUGGCACCUUUUCAAAAAAGAAGAACAAAAAAAAAAAAGCACAAUACUGAUGAGUUUUGUCGGCUUCACAAGUCGGAGCAUCUGGAGAUGAAUCAGAGUUUAGGGCCAUGAUGAAGCUGAGGUCGAGAUUCAUACCGAUGGAUGGAGGAAUUUAGAGAAAGUCUCGCCUUAGAGGUGUGACGUGGCCCUUUCCCUUUUCAACAAAUCAGCGAGGAUUCGUUAUUUGAUUCAUGAUUUGCCAAAGUAUUUAAUAAUAAAGAUGUUAUUGUUUAAGUGUUGCUUUUCGUUCACGUUUUUAAAAUAAUCAUUAAAGAUUUAUAUAUAAAAAGUU